GGGGGCGAGCGGCGCUGCGGGCCGUGGGAGGAAGCGCUGCGCCCGGCCCGACGGCGCUCGUUGGAGCCACAUCCGCGGGUCGCCGGCGACGCUGCCGGCGCCUGUCACGGGGGCCCCACCAUCUUGAAGGAAGGAGGCCGCCGUUUCCCACCGCAGGGGCGGGCGGCCGCGCUCAUGGCGUUCAGCCCCUGGCAGAUCCUGUCGCCCGUGCAGUGGGCCAAGUGGACGUGGUCCGCGGUCCGCGGCGCGGGCGCCGGGGAGGAAGAAGCCGGGGGUCCCGAGGGCGACCCCGAGGAGGAGGAGGACUCGCAAGCCGAGACCAAAUCCCUGAGUUUCAGCUCGGAUUCUGAAGGUAAUUUUGAGACUCCUGAAGCUGAAACUCCAAUCAGAUCGCCUCUCAAGGAGUCUUGUGAUUCACCACUAGGAUUGACAGAACCUGAGGCCAAAACCCAAGAACCACAAGAAGCCGAUGAACAGUCCGUAGCAGAAGUAACUGAAAAACGUUCAUCCGAUCCGUGUUCUAGAUCUUCAGAAAAUGAAGUGCCUCAGGCGCCCACUGAUUCUCACUCAGUCAAGGAUGUCAGAGGAGAAGCCCGCCAUGACGUUAGUAAGAUCUCCGUGGUGAGGCCAUUUUCCAUAGAAACCAGGAGUUCCGCAGAGGAGGCUCUUGGACCUAAAGCAUCCCACGGCUGUGCGCCUGCACCCGGGGGCGAGGCUUUGCCCUCUGCUGCAUCGGAAGCCGCUCAGGACAAGCCAGUGGCCGAGGUGGGGAUGGGGGUCACCUCAGAGGCUUUCACAGAAGCCGGUCUGAAGACUGGAGAGCCCAUGGCCAGCAGGAGCAAGCUAAGGAAGCCCAAACCUGUCUCCCUGCGGAAGAAGACGGCCGGAGGUGACAGCUGGGGAGCCGAAAUGAUCGUGGAGGGUUCGCCUCUCCCGAGGGCUUCCCCCCUCUCGAUUCCUGACGACUUCGAUAAGAGCACGCAUCCCGGGGUGCCGAGGGGUGCCAGGGCCCAGAAGUCUUCCCUUAACCUUAGACAAGCUGCCGGCUCUCUCAGUCACGGCACAGUGGCUCGGGGUGAGCCGCAGGAGGAGUCCAGGACCUCGCCUCUCAAACUUGAGUGUGAUUUUAUAGAAGAUGGGGAAAAUGUCGAGACCAGGAAUGCCCUUCCCAGGAAACCUGCUAACGCACUGACGCCCGACAUGCGGAAAGAUGGCACCGGUCAGCCAGUGGGUGUCGAACAGCCUGCAGACCCAAGAGUCCGAGGCCGCGUCUCCCAAACGUCUCCUAAGCCAGACCCGAGUAAACGGGGUCACCCCAACUUGAAUUCCUCCGGGAGCUCCCCGCCCCUCUCCCGCAGAGGCGCCUACCACUUUGACCCAGAUAACUUGGAUGAGUCCUCGGAUCCCUUUCACCCGGCCACAGCGUUGACAAGCAGCACCCUGUGUUCCGCCACUGGUAAUCAUGUUAAUGAAAUCUUAGACUCACCCAAGAAGGCAAAGUCGCGUUUAAUAACGACUACUGAGCAAGUGAAAUUUCUCUGUUUUCUGUUGAGUGGCUGCAAGGUGAAGAAAUACGAAACGCAGGCUCUUGAUUUGGAUACGUGUUCUCAGGAUGAAGGAGCUGUGAUCUCGCAGAUCUCGGACAUUUCUAAUAGGGACGGCCACGCUACUGACGAGGAGAAACUGGCGUCCACAUCCUGUGGUCAGAAGUCAGCCGGCGCAGAGGUGAAAGGCAUAGAGAAGGAGACAUGCCAGAAGACGGAGAAAGAGGAGUCGGCUGUGCGUGGAGCGCUGGAGUCCUCUUCAGAAAAGGCCCCCGUGUCUGUGGCCUGCGGGAGCGAGAGCCCCCUGGAUGGGAUCUGCCUCAGCGAAGCAGACAAGACCGCCGUGCUCACGUUGAUCAGAGAAGAGAUAAUCACUAAAGAGAUCGAAGCCAAUGAAUGGAAGAAGAAAUAUGAAGAGACCCGAGAAGAAGUCUUGGAGAUGAGGAAAAUUGUGGCUGAAUAUGAAAAGACCAUUGCCCAAAUGAUUGAAGACGAGCAGAGGACGAGCAUGACCUCUCAGAAGAGUUUCCAGCAGCUGACGAUGGAGAAGGAGCAGGCCCUGGCUGACCUGAACUCUGUCGAAAGGUCCCUUUCUGAUCUCUUCAGGAGAUACGAAAACCUGAAAGGCGUGCUGGAAGGAUUCAAGAAGAAUGAAGAAGCCCUGAAGAAAUGCGCUCAGGACUACUUAGCUAGAGUUAAGCAGGAAGAGCAGCGGUACCAGGCCCUGAAGGUUCACGCCGAGGAGAAACUGGACCGAGCCAACGAAGAGAUUGCUCAGGUUCGCUCCAAGGCCAAGGCUGAGAGCGCGGCUCUCCAUGCUGGACUCCGGAAAGAGCAGAUGAGGGUGGAGUCCCUGGAACGGGCCCUUCAGCAGAAGAACCAAGAGAUUGAAGAACUGACGAAAAUCUGUGACGAGCUGAUCGCAAAGCUGGGGAAGACGGACUGAGGUGUCCCGUCCUCCUCCUCCUGCGGGCCGUGUCAGAUCGGAGUCUGGCUGCUUGUGUCGUGACCACAGUUAUCUUGCCUUAUCCAGAAGUAACCCCUCCUUUGCAGAGAAAGACAACUUUUUACAAAGCACACGCCUGCUGCUGCUGCUCCCGCUUCGCCGCCCCUGCCGCCGCCGCUGGAGCCUGGCUGCCGGGGAAGGAGCGACGGGACUGGGACGGGACGCAGAGGCCCGCACGUCCAGGCUGUCGCUUCCGUGAGAAUGGGCUGCUGGGUCCAGCGUGUGCUGCUCCAUCGCCAGUUCGUCUUCACCUUUCCCGAGUUUGUGAAAUUUCUAAUUUUGUGGCAACUGUGUGCGAUUACCUUCCCAGCACACAUUUGAUAUUUUUAUGACCUGGUUAAUCUUUUAAAAUUUCAAUAUCCGCAGUUUUAUUGAAGGAGACAGUUUGGCCUAUGGCUACUAACAGUGAGACUCUGAGUUCCCUUUUAUUUCCAGACUUUUACUCGUGCACGUACCUCUCUACAUGCCGCUGCUUUUCCCCUGAGGCGUAUUCAGAUAAGAAUUUCUAGGGAGGAGCCUAGUCACAGAAAUAAAUACAGAUCCUUCUUUCGAAGCAGAACCCUAGGUCUAAAAGCCAGCUUCAGACUCUGUAGGAGCUGACCACAUGGCCCUGUUGCUAGAGUACUUCCUGUACACAAAGGCCCUGGGUUUGGUCCCCAGAACUACAAAAACUGGAUAUUGUAGUGCAUGCCUGUUAUCCUAACACUCCAGAAGUGGAGGCAGGAGGAUCAGAAGUUCAAGGUCAUCCUCAACUACAUAGCCGCUUGGAGGCCAGCCUGGGCUAUAUGAGACCAUGUUUAAAAAGGGGUGAAUGGAAGCAUGGGGACAUCUUAGCUUUUGGGAGACUAGGGCAGGCAAAUCACUCGAACCUGGGAUUUAAGGACAGCACCGCACUAGGCAAUGUAGACCUUUUCUCAGAAAUCAAACACCCAAACCAACACUUGAGUCAGGGUGGGGAGAUUGGGGAUAUGAAGAUCAGGGACAUGGGUUUCGUGUUCAAGGUAGACUCCGCUGUGCCGUUUGCUGCCCAGUACUGGACACCCCCCAGACCCCAGCAUGGCCCUUUGUGCUCACAAUGAAAGUAGCUUCUCACAUCCACCAACAGCUCAGAGCUGGCAUUUGAUGGAUGUGUCCACCUGGGGGCAGUCUCUAAUAAGACAAAAUCAGCUGUGGUUAUCUAUUUGAAAUACACACAAAAGGGACUUGGGAAAGGGUCAGCUGAUCUUGUUCACAGAUAAGGGCAUCCCUAAGGACCAGUUAGAGGGUAAAGGACUGGUUUUCUGUGUUUACAAGCAUGGCGCACUUCCGAGACUUCAAAACAGCAGCAAGUGUUUUCAUACUUGAGGUGGACUUUUAAAUAAAACAGGCAGUAAAAAGUCAUGUGACUCAUGCCCCAAAUCACUUGAAUGCUGGGGAGGGCAGUACAGGAGAAGGUCCACACAGACAGAAUGAAGUUCUGUUAACUCACACCGGGGGACAUUAACCCCCAAAUAGAGACCUCCCACAUGGAUGCCCGUGAGUUCCUUUCCAUUUGAUAGGCAAAAACCAAAUCCAUUCAAGUUGUCAUGAAUUUUUUGCCUUAAUCUUCUCCCCUGGGUUGUCGUGGUAAAAAUGCACUAUUCAGUACACAGAUAUUUUCCUCCUUGUAAAACUGUUGCAUGAGCCAACUCCAGAAAUGAGCUGUGCCUCGUGGAGAACCUCUGUAGAUCUUAGAAACAGUAUCCCUUUAGCAGUGUGUUACCAUGUGGGCGCAAGCUUUUUAGCUCUAGGGAGUGAGUAAUGUCUUCUCCAGCUAGAAAUCCCAUUUUGUCAAUAUGCAUUUAUUAUAACUGGUGCUUAGGUUAGGCUGCAUUUGGAGGCCUACUGUCUUAACAUUUUUGUACAAAAACACCAACACAAGUUAUCUGUGGUUGGAGAAACGGCUUGACAAUCAGCGGGACCCUGAAUUUGGUCACAGUGGCCUAAUGGGAAGGCUGUCGCUGUAGACAUACCGCCGGGUUCAAGUGUCUUCGAGGGGCCUGACCAGCGUCCACUUAGCUCUCUUCCGCAAGAGUAGUUCAUUUUGCAUUUCGAGAAACACCCACAGAAGUCUCUGCUGCAGUGUUACGGUGGUGUCUAUGUGUGUGUGUGUGUGUGUGUGUGUGUGUGUGUGUGUGUGUGUGUGUGUGGUUUUUUUGUAAUGGCUUUUUUUUUAUUUUUAUUUUUUCGCAGUACUGGGAAUUGUACCCAGGGUCUUGAACGUGCUAGGCAAGUACUUUACUGUGGAGCGCUACAUCUCUGGCCCCGGCCCUCUUUUUAAGCUGGUUCCUCUGCUGUAUGUUACAGAGCCUAGGAGAGGCGUGGUGCCCCCUCUUCCCUGCCACGCUGGCGGAAGAGACUCCUUGAAAAACAAGCCCUGCUAAAUGAAGUUGCUGUACAGGGGACAUAAAAUAGUCCUGUAAGCAAUAUUUGCCAGUGGCCUCUUAGUCAUCACCCAUUACCAGGAAAUGUCCGCAACUUCUGGCUUAUGGAUACUCUCCAACAAGCAUAAAAAUGUAGCUCUUGCCCAGCUGGCAAAUUAAGAAAAUAUACUAGGCAGAGUAAAGUAUAUUUAUUUUUCUUUUAAUUAAAUGAGCCCUAAAAAGGCUCUUAGCGCUCUAGAGAGUAAAAAAAAUAUAAAGUUUCCUUCAACACAUGCUGGGGGCCACAUACUUGUUUGUUAGGCAAUUAAAAGUGGGGAUCAGGCAUGGUGGCACACUCCUAUAAUCCUAGCAUUCUGGAGGCACAGGCGGGGACCAGAAGUUGAGGCCUGCCUGGGCUUUACAAUGAGACCCUGUCUACCAAGACUUAAGAGCUGAGGGUGUGACUCAGUGGCUGCCUUUGCUCACUGUGCCCAAGGCGUUGGUGUCAACCCCAACUUUGUAAAAAUAAAUAACAAAAAACUUCAAACACGAGGGUCGUGGGUGCUGCUGGCUCAGAAAGUGGUGUGGGACCAUUAGGUGGUCUUGUUGAGACUCUCGGCAUAGACCUAAAAUGAGUUCUACUUCGCCAAAGUGUAGACGGCUUUGACCUGUCAGUGUCACAGCUUACCGUGCUGUUACUCUGUUUGGAGACUGGUCACUUCCCUAAAUUUUGUAUGGCGUGUGCUUGGCGCGCCAGUGUGGAGUCAGGCAUCUUCAGAACCAGACCAAAUUAGGAAACGCAGAAGCCCGCGGUGUGGAGCUCUGCCCCGGCAGGGGAUUCCUGUCGUUGAGGAUUAUAGUUCAAGCUCAACUUUCUUUCCAGCCAGGGCCCCCUUCCUUCCUCCCUGGGCAGACUUGCCGCUGCCCACGCACAAAUGCUCACUCACUGGGCAGCCCUGGGUUGACCACAGUAGACCAGGGCCCCUCCGCAGCUCCCAGGCAUCGGCAAAGUUCAGGGCGCAAAGUUCAGGGUGCAUUGGAUUGAAAGUGACGCGGACCUUCUGCCUUCCCUCCCCUAGUUCUUAGUCUCGUGUCAGUUGUGAUCUGUGAAUCAGUCAUUCCUGCUGUCUGUAGGUCUGUGACCCUCUGAGCUUGCUCUCAGGUUUCUUUUCUUCUUGGGAAGAGAGAAUGUAGGUGUUGAAAGAGUAAAUGAUUCAGGCAAGGAGUUUAAGGAUGUAUAUAUUGUGGAGACUUUUAACGAUAGGAGAUUACUAUUUACUGACUGAAGAACAGAUAACGUCUGGGAAUCCCAGGACACCAAGCCAAAGGUCUAAGAAAUCAUCUUUCAAAGAGUUUUCAUAAUGAAGUUAUUUAAAGGAAACUGAUGUUCACAAACAUCAGUUUGGCUGGCCUCCAGAUUCCAGUUACUUUUAAAAACCCAUUUCCCAGGGCUGGGGAUGUAGUUCAGUUGGUGGCACAGUUGCCCGGCACGCUUGAGUCCCCGGAUUCUAUCCCCAGUGCUGGGGAGGGGCAAGCAUUUACCACUAAAUUCUUCGGGGUCCCAUAUGGAUUGUAAAGGGAAAUAAAUGUAUAGAAACAGCAUUUCUCCUUCUCAGUUCCCUUCUGAAACACAGUCCAGAGCACAGGCAAGCACUUGGCAUUGCAGAGACUAAAGAUUGCACCUUCUAGUAGUUUCUACCUGAAUGCAUCCCCUCUCUGUGCCUGCCAGCAUGCAGUUAGAUCUGGAUAAAUAAGAUUCCUGAGGAAUGACUUUCUUAACUAUUCUAUGGUUUCAGCUUUAUGUAAACACAUAUAUUCUGGUUCUAGUUCCACGAUGAAGAUGCUGCUGUAAUGCUGGCCUUAGGUAGUCUGUAUGAUGCUUUAACUGCUCAGAGGAGGCCAGGCAUGGGACUGAGGUGUGGCCUGAACCUUCCCUGUAUGGAGUCUUCAAUACCGACUGUCCAGAUACCACUCUGUCCCUCUGCCUUUUGGUGGUAUCUGAACAUGCUCAACAAAAGUUCUUCCUCCUCUUCAUGUAAGUCACUGACUCUAUUUGUGAAUCAUUUCCAAACAGACACAUAGAAAUUUGAACUCUGAAAGCCACAUCUGAUCCAGAUACAGGGCAGCGUCUAGGUCACACCUGCAGCCUCAGCUUGGUCCUUUGCCACCCUGGGGACAGGACUCAGGCAUUCUGAUAAGUCCCCUAGGCGGCAGGCAGCUUUCCAGUAUCGCUGUUAGCAAGUCAGUGUUUGCCAGUAGAUAUCCACUGUGCUAACGUGCCAAGUGUUUAUUGCACGUCUGCUUCCACUGUGUUCUCCAGUGCCCUGAAGUGUGCGAGGAGCCCUUCACCGGGUCGGGGGGACACGCCGCAUUGACUCCUGUUGUCAGGGCUGUGUUGUGUGGAAUAAUCAUCCUCAUAGAUUUUAUACACAUAGUAAUUUCCCUUUUUAUAUGUCAGGUAAAUAUUUGUAAAAGUUAUACUCACACAAAAGAAUUAUUAUGAUAAUUACUAAUAUAUUUUUUCCAUGUUUCAUUGCCUGAAUAAAAACUGUUUACCACUGUUAAA